GGUGUGACCUGGAAGAGAAGUUGGAAAGUAAACAUUCCUUUUCCAUUUUGUGUUUUUGCAAAUUGGAUAGUGCAGUUUUGUAUCAAGAGGAUUGACCAUGUGGUCUUUUAUAAGUGGCCUCAUUAGAUGUGGUUUUGGGUCAAUACAAGACGUGAUUGCUGCUGUUUUAAGGUUUUUCUUUGGAAAGAAAAGAGCCCCAAUAACCCUUGAGGAUCCCAAUGUGAAGUACUGCUUGAAGUUGAUUGAUAAAGAGAUUAUAAGUCAUGACACAAGAAGAUUCCGCUUUGCACUCAAGUCCCCUGAUCAUGUUCUGGGGCUUCCCAUUGGACAGCACAUUUACCUGUCUGCCAGGAUAGAUGGAGAACUUGUCGUGAGACCCUACACCCCAGUAUCAAGUGAUGAUGACAAGGGAUACGUGGACCUUGUUGUGAAGAUUUAUUACAAAAAUGUCCAUCCCAAGUUUCCUGACGGAGGGAAAAUGUCCCAAUACCUGGAAAGCCUUCGUAUUGGAGAUGCCAUUGACUUCAGGGGACCGAGCGGGCUGCUUGUGUACCAGGGGAAAGGGAAGUUCGCCAUUCGUCUUGAUAAAAAAUCUGAUCCAGUGAUCAGUACUGCCAAACAAAUUGGAAUGAUAGCUGGUGGGACUGGGAUUACACCCAUGCUGCAGAUAAUCCGGGCAAUUCUGAAAGACCCAGAGGACAAAACCGUCUGUUACUUGUUGUUUGCAAACCAGACAGUGAAAGAUAUCUUGCUGCAGCCAGAGCUGGAGGAUCUCGGAGUAAAAUAUCCAUCACGAUUUCAUUUCUGGUAUACCCUGGACCGAGCUCCUGAGGACUGGGAGUACAGCCAAGGUUUCAUCAAUGAAGAGAUGAUCAAAGAUCAAAUGCCACCACCUGGAGAGGACACCCUUAUCCUGUUGUGUGGGCCUCCCCCAAUGAUACAGUUUGCUUGCAUUCCUAACCUGGAAAAACUAAACUAUGACAAAAGCAGGAUCUUUACAUUUUAAUUCCCAUUAGUAGUUAAAGCAGGGUUUUACAUAAUUCAGCAGGAUUGCACAUUGUAGUUCAUUGUGAAAUUCAAAUCUGAAACUUGGGGGCCCAUAAUAACUUGAUACGUUUUCAAAAUUAGCUAUUGUUGGGCUUUAUGAGGGUUUUGAUCAGAAGGACUUAAACUUUCCACAUGAUGGGGAAUACAAAGCGUGAUGUAUGGUUUAUUGCCCGCUUCCAUUUCUUAUAAUAUGGCUGAGCAAGCUACAAAUUAGACAGGAAUGUAACGCUUGGUGUGAAUGAGACUGCGAAUAUACACUAUGCUUAAACAUGCAAUUCAAUGUUGACAUGCAGCACACACACACACAAUGCAACUCUCAGUGUGAUGUGGUUUUUUUUUUUUUUUGCGAUGCAGUUAUUUUAAGAAGCUAUAGUGACCUGACUCCCUUUACCUUUGUAAGUGAGAGUUAAUGCCUAUAAACGCCCAGACUGACAGUGAUUUAAUGUCUUCCUAAACAUUUGUCAGUAUUUUGUCUGGUUUUUCUGGUUACUUUUUAGUAUUACUACAUACAGUACUAUUAUGUUAUAAAAAUAUGAAACUCUGUGGGUAGUAUCCUGCCCUUAUAAAGAAAAACAGGAACUGUGUUUAUUUAAGUUGAUUACCUUUGUUUGAAUGGUUAUCUGGUAUCUGAAUCAUUCACAUUAGUUGAAAUUAAAUCAUUUUUGACAUCUGGCCACAGAAAAUAAAUUGAGGCACCAAAAUAAAUGAUCAUGUUUUCUUUAAUGAUUGUUUCGUGAUAAUGGCGUACACAAUUGCAAAGCUUUUUAUUGUUUUAAUAAAAAUUUCAAUUGCUAAUAGCACUAAUAGAGCAAUAAUAAAGACAAGUAUGAUAUUAACCUAGUAAAGGUAAGUGGCAAUUUAUUUCUAAACAGAUUGAUUUCCCCAAACAUGCCAAUUCUAAAAAAAGAAAAAAGCACAGGCCCUCGCCAUGUGACUUUCCCUACCUAAGUUGCCAUAGUGAUACAGUCCUCGGAAUAUAUGAAAAAAAAGCUAAUGUAUAGAAGAUAUUUUCAGUGAGCACAGUGCAAGCUGUAAUUUUAAACAAUCUAAUUUCUGUGGAUGGUAAAGCCAUUUGAACCUGCUCAAAAACCACACUGGAAACAACAUUUUCCAGUUAUAAUCAUGUUUUAAGAUCAAAGUAUAUUUAAACUUGUAUUAUGCACAAGCAGCACAAUGUGUAUUGUCUUUUACGAUCAGGUAGCAUAAAGCUUCAGAUCUUUUAGCAUUUUCAGUUAACACCAUUUGCAUGUUACCAAGCAGAAAGGGAGGCUGCUUAUGCUUUUAUAUGCAUGCCACAAUAAGCCUCUUAAGUAAUACAAGUAUUAUCUCAAACAGUAGUUCUACAUCACAGUUUAACAUGCUUCAGGAAGCACAUUUAUUUGCAACAUAGUAUUGGUAUUCUUUUAAUGUUUGCUAAGCAACCAAAAUGCAAUAUAGUGCAAGUAUUACCAUUUAAUAAUGUGGCUUAUUAUUACAAUGUAUGUAACAUUCUUAAGAUAAUAAUCAUAACUUUGGGAAUUUUAACAGUUUUAGUUACAAAUUAUCUGUUUGUAACCUUUGUUGCCUUUUCUGUAAAUGUUAAAUUCCAGAAAUAUUACUGCAGAAUUUCAUUGAGUUAAAUGCAAUCUGCUUUUACAGGCUUGGUAAUGCCUGUUGUCCUCUGUUGAGCUGAACAGCUGCCCACCCAUUAAGCAAAUAAAGCAUUUGCCUUGUUA